CGAUUAUAACAUUUCGCUUGUUGAUAAAACAGGACUAUAAUUAACAACAUCCCAGCUAUAUUCAACUCCAAUUGGAGCGGAAUUGGUUCAAUGAAGAGUUCAAGUAAUAUGAACAGCCUGUGAGGAGAAAUAAGAACAGAGGGGAAAACUGGGUAGAGUGAAAUGGAAGGAGAGUAAAUACAUGGCGCGUGCGCAGGUGUAUGUGAAACUCAGAGCUAAAUAGAAAUGAUGGGCUUCAACGUAUUCGAUGAAUUCAACAAAGAUGCAACGAAUAAAACGAGCGCGGUUGAGUCAAAAAUUAAUAAACCGCGACAAAUAAAUUGAAUUAAAAGGGGUGUAAAGAGAAAGGACCGACGCAAUAUCUAGACUUUUCGCUGACAACGAUAGAAAGACGUUGGUAUGGACUCAAACAAUGGAUCAAUACCCUUGUAGUAAAAACUGAUGGAAUUAAAUAAAUAAAGUAAUUGAAGAAUUGAGUAGAGAAAUAAAUACACAGAUAUUGCUAUUAUAUUUUAAUUGAUUAUCAUUCUUACCAGUGAACAUAUUAGGAUUUUUUUGAGUUUUUAUAAUAGUUAAACUAAACUACUUAAAUCAUGGAGAAAGAUAAUAUAAAAUUAUCAAAAUCUAAUAGAAAAUCUGCGAAAGCUAUGACCAAUUCUGAUGUAGGAACACAAUGUGUUCAAGUAGUGGUACGAUGUCGUCCAAUGGAUGUCAAGGAGACUUCUCGAGGUUGUUCCAGAGUUGUAGAUGUUUCACCAGCUCGGGGAGUUGUAGAAAUUCGUAAUCCUCGUGAAGAUCCAUCAAAAGAUAAUGUUAAAACUUUUACAUUUGAUGCAGUUUAUGAUUGGCAUUCAAGUCAACAGGAUAUUUAUGAGGAAACAGUACGUCCUCUCGUGUCUUCAGUGUUAGAUGGUUUUAAUGGAACGAUUUUUGCAUAUGGUCAAACUGGAACUGGAAAAACUUAUACCAUGGAAGGUUCAAAAAAUGAUUUAGAACGCCGUGGAAUUAUUCCUAGAUCUUUUGAGCAUAUUUUCAAUCAUAUUGGACGAUCAGAAAACAUGCAAUAUCUUGUAAGAGCUUCUUAUUUGGAAAUUUAUCAAGAAGAGAUUAGAGAUUUACUUCAUGCUGAUCAAAGUCUACGUUUUGAGUUGAAGGAAAAACCAGAAUCUGGAGUUUUUGUUAAAGAUUUAUCAACAGUUGUUUGCAAAAGUGCUCAAGAAAUUCAACAAUUAAUGAAUAAAGGCAAUUUAAAUCGUACAAUUGGCGCUACGAAUAUGAAUGAACAUUCUUCAAGAUCUCAUGCAAUUUUUUUGAUUACUAUUGAAAUGAGUGCUCUUCCGAAUAGUGAUAAUUUUGGAUCUCAGAGAGGUGGAGGAAUUCGAGUCGGACGUUUAAAUUUGGUUGAUUUGGCUGGAAGUGAAAGACAAAGUAAGACAGGAUCUUGUGGAGAUAGAUUAAAAGAAGCUAGUAAAAUUAAUUUAAGUCUUUCUGCAUUGGGUAAUGUAAUUUCUGCUUUGGUUGAUGGAAAAACCACUCACGUACCCUACAGAGAUUCUAAAUUGACACGUUUGCUUCAAGAUUCACUUGGAGGUAAUUCAAAAACAAUUAUGGUUGCCAAUAUUGGUCCUGCUUCCUAUAAUUACGAUGAAACACUAACAACUUUAAGGUACGCCAACAGAGCAAAAAAUAUCAAAAAUAAACCUAGAAUUAAUGAAGAUCCCAAAGAUGCUCUUUUGAGACAAUACCAAGAGGAAAUAAGUAGAUUAAAGGAAAAAUUAGCUCAUAAAGGAACGAUAAUAAAAAAGAAAAAGAAAAAGAAGAAGAAAGAAGAUGGAGAUGAUGAUGGAGACGAAUCUGAACUUGACGAUUCUAAAGAGGAUAAUAAAGUUUCUGAAGCGGAAAAGAAAAUGAUAAUGGAGCAAUUAAAAGCAGAAAAAGAAGAAACAGAAAAUUUAGUAACAAGAAUUAAGGAGUUAGAAAGCAAAAUGUUGUGUGGUGGAAAAAAUAUUGUUGAUCAUACUAAUGAACAACAAAGAGCAUUGGAACAAAGAGCUGCUGAAAUUGCUGAAAGAAAAAAACGGGAAGUUGAAAUGCAACAAAAAUUAGAAGAUGAAGAGUCAACUUUCUUAGGAAUGCGUGAAACUUAUACAACUCUUCAACAAGAAGUUGAUGUAAAAUCCAAAAAAUUAAGGAAAUGUUUUGCUAAACUUCAAGCAUUAAAGCAAGAGUUAGAGGAUAUCAAUGGAGAAUAUAAUCGAGAUCGACGAGAGCUAGAAGAAACACAGCAUGACUUGAUGAAGGAAUUGAAAUUAAAGUAUUUGAUCAUUGAUAAUUUUAUUCCUGUAGAAGAAAAGCACAAAAUAAUGUCCAGAGUAAAGUUUGAUGAAGAUGAAGAUGCUUGGGUACUAAAAGAACCAAGUCCAUCAAGUAUAGAUUUGAUUAAAAGGCCAGUAUCAGUUCCAGGGGCCAGAAGACCUAUUUCCGAGUAUGCUAAAAUUGCGUUAGCUAUGGGUAGAGGCUACAGAUAUGCUGGAGAAAAUAUAUUAAACUUAGAACUUGAUAUGCCUGCUAGAACAACAUUAGAUUAUCAAGGUCCUGCGAUAGCUCCAACAAUUGCAGCAGUCUUAGAAGAGGCUUUACGGGAUGAGGGUGAUAUUGAUGUAGAUGCUUCUAAUGUAAGGUUAAGGACUCCUAAGCCUCGAAUUCCGUCCGCUCGUGCAAGACCACGAAGUGUUGGAAAGAUUCCUCAGAUGCAAAUUCCAGCGCCGGUUUAUCCAAAGACACGAGGACUAGUUUCAAAAUAUAUGAAAUAAAUAUCGAAUACAAUGUCGACAUUCUUUAUUAAUUGAUAAAGUCAA